AUGGAGAAAUUCUUCCAACACGCUGAGCCGCAGUUGGUGGAUGCAAUGAGGCAGACAGUGAGCAACAUGCUGGGGUCGCUGCCACCGCAGUAUUUCGAAGUCACCGUCACAACGGUUGGGGAGAAUCUGGCGCAGCUAAUGUUCAGUGUGAUGAUGACGGGCUACAUGUUCCGAAACGCACAGUACCGCCUCGAACUCUCCUCCUCCUUUGCUGGUGCCGUCGCCCUCCCCGCUGCUUCUUCCUCCUCCUCCUCCCUUACCUCCCUCCCCUCCUCCUUCCCUCCUCACAUCCCCUCCUCCUCCUCACCCUCCUCCUCCUCUUCCUCCUCCACGUCACCUCAGCCAUUACCAGCGUCGCCAUCCCCUACUGCUUCUGACAGACAAAGGGGGAGCAGCAGCAGCGGCAGUGACUCGGAUUCUCGAUCAUGGCCUCCCACUGACAAUGCCUUACCUCUGGGUCCGGUCCAGAAGACGCACGUGGCAGGCGAGGUGCUUCGGUGGGACGCCGAGGCUGAGCGGGUGGUUCGGGUGCCGGCAGUGGACUAUGUGGAGCUGCUAGAAGGGGAGGUUCGGGCUUUAAAGAGACGGCUGGAGGAGGAGGAGGCGAAACUGGCACGCGUGGGUGGGGGAGGAGGAGGAAGUGGGAACGCAUUGCUGGAAUACCUCAAGGGGUUGGAGCCGCAGAAUAUACAGGAGCUGACAGCCAGUGCGGAUGACGAUGCGUUAGCAGCCAUGAAUGCGUUCAUCCAACGGCUGCUAGGCGUUCCUGAUGUUGGGGAGAUCAAGUCUGUGGCAUCGGAGACUACAGUGACGGAGCUGGCAAAGCUGCUCUAUUGGCUCAUGGUGGUGGGCUACAGUCUGCGCACGUUAGAAGUCCGGUUCGACAUGGAUAGAGCCCUCGCCGCACCUGCAGUGCAGAAGCGCGCCGAGCUCCCUCCACCAGGCACUGACGGCUGGAUUAUAUGA